AGGGGGUUGGUCCGGUUCGAAAUGUGGACGUCUCGUGUUCCGAUCCACGCAGCGCUGCUUGCUGUCGUUUGUCGUCGCGCCCUAAACCCUUUAACCCCGAAACCCCAUCGUCGUCCAGUGAAUUCAAGUCAGAAGAACAUGGUGAGACCCAGAGUGGAUUUAAUCUGGAAAAGCCCUCAUUUCUUCAAUGCCAUUAAGGAGCGAGAACUGGACCUUCGAGGAAACAAGAUAGCAGUGAUUGAAAACCUGGGUGCCACCGAGGACCAAUUUGAUGGCAUUGAUUUGUGUGAUAAUGAGAUUGUGAAGCUGGAAAUUGGAAAAUAUGCAUUAUCUUAAUCGAUUGGGACCUAUUUGAUAAUCAUUUCAAGAUUAUGUCUUUGUUGCUGUCAGAGUUGUUGCCAAAAUUACACACACACUAGUUGUUACGAGCAACAGAGUUGUGAAGUUGGUAGAGAUAGAGGCGUUGGCAUCCCUUCCAAAACUACAGUUUCUUAGUUUGUUGGAUAACAAUAUUAGGAAGAAGCCAAACUAUAGAUUGUAUGUCAUUCACAAGUUGAAGUCAGUGGGGAGCAAAUUAUAAUUCUAUACUUACUGUAUGAAGUGAAGUUAGUAUUUUAUUAACAAAUGAACAAUACAAAUUCAAGAAAUUAAAUCAAAUAAUCUAUU